UCUAUCAUGCCUCUUCAUUUAUUUUCAGUCUCUGCCAUUAUGUCGGGGAACCAACACUCCAUAUCCAGACCUUAUGAGUCUGGGCCAGUGUGCAGCUGGAUCCACUGGUUCACCGGUCUCCAGGGGCACGACUUCCUCUGUCGCGUGCCCAACGACUACAUAUUGGACAGAUUCAACCUGACGGGCCUGGAGACGGCGGUGCCGAACUUCAACGUUGCUCUGCAAACAAUUCUUGAUCCGGAAUUUGAGCCCGAAGUCUGGGACAAGGCAGUGGACACUGUCCAUGCUGAGACUCUGUAUGGCCUGAUCCAUGCCCGGUAUAUCCUUACCUCGCACGGCUUGGAAGCCAUGUGCAAGAAGUACGAGAGGGGCGAGUUCGGCAUCUGCCCGAGGUUUUACUGUAAGGGUCAGAACACCUUGCCGAUUGGCCUGUCCGACUUGUGCGGUCACUCUCACGUGAAGCUGUACUGUCCGCGCUGUCUUGACGUUUACCAGCCAAGAUCACGCUGCUGUCUACUGGAUGGAGCCAUGUUCGGGACCGGGUUCCCGCACAUGUUCUUCAUGCAGCUGCCGGAGUUACGGCCUCAUCCGCCAGAUGAGAAGUAUGUGGGACGUCUAUUUGGCUUUCAGCUCCACCAUUCGGCAUUAACUCCACUCGAAUCGCCGGAUCGCGUUGAUUUGACCAAGUCCAACAGUGUGACUUUGUCGCAAUCGCGUCGACAAUUAAACCGUUUUCACUUUCUACAAAAACACUAAAAUAGUUACGGGAAAGCACCCAAACAUAUAUAUAUUCUCUCUUGUUGCAAUUAAACGGAUCUUGAUGCAGUGAGUUGAUAUGGCCAGGGACACAAGGCACACGGACACAACACAAAACACACACUUUUAAGAAUACACUCAUGCCUAGUGUACAGCCUGACCAUAUCAAUCACUUGUAUUAGAGCUAACUUCA